UUUGACUAUUUCCCAUCUAAUAUCCAUCUCAUUGGACAUAGCCUGGGGGCUCAUGCUGCAGGGGAAGCCGGGAAGAGGAAGCCAGGAGUUUCCAGAAUCACUGGAUUGGACCCAGCUCAGCCCUAUUUCCAGGACACCCCAGCUGAGGUCAGACUAGAUCCAUCAGACGCACUCUUUGUCGAUGUCAUCCACACUGAUAGCUCUUCCACUGCUGCCAAUCUAGGAUUUGGUGGGUAUGGUAUAAGCCAUGUGGUCGGUCACCUGGAUUUCUAUCCAAACGGAGGAAAAUACAUGCCAGGGUGUGGAAAAAGAAGAUGUUAUCCUCAAGGGGGACCUUAACGAUGUGAUGGAAGAUAUUGCCAGUUGCAGCCAUAUGCGAAGCUUGAAGUAUUAUACAGAAAGUAUCCUUCAACCAGACGGGUUUAUCGGUUACCAGAGUCUGUCAUAUGAGGAAUUUUUAGCAGGUUCUGGGUUUCCAUGCCCCAACACUGGGUGUCCAAUGAUGGGACAUUAUGCUGAUAAAUAUUCUGGAGUCUCUUCAGUCAACCAAACAUUUUACCUAAACACUGGAGCUAUGCAGAUCUACUCCCGUUGGCGGUGCCGGGUGACAGUCCACAUUGUGGGCACACGGGAGAUUCAGGGCUCCUUAUACAUUACUCUACAAGAUUUCAGUGAAAAGGCAGCG